AUGGGUACCUUCUUAGCCGGUCUCAUUUCUCCCGAAUUGACAUUCAAGGAAUGGAGUUUUGCUGUGCUAGUAAUAUGUAUUUUCUACAUCAUCUCCCACACACUCGCCACCAUCUACCUGCACCCCCUCUCCUCCUUCCCCGGUCCCACCCCCUGGAUUUCCACCCGCAUCCCCUACAUCACUUCACUCUGGCGCGGACAUCUCGCCCAAGACGUGUACGCUCUCCACCACAAAUACGGAAACAUCGUGCGUAUAGCCCCCGACGAACUCUCCAUCGCAAACCCGCGCGCUACCCUCUGGCAUGGUGCUAAAUCUGGGAAACCAGUAUCUGUACUUAAUGCGCUGGAGCCCGCGACGCACAGGAGGUUUCGCAGGGCGAUGGAGCGGGCGUUUACGGAAAGGGCGGUGGGGAGUCAGGAGAGAUUGAUUAGGACGUGUGUUGAUUUUCUGAUCACGCGUUUACAAGAUCUCGUAGAGGAGAAUGCGGAUACAGCCGAGAGAGUGGUUGUGGAUAUAGUUCGCUGGUAUGGAUUCUUCACUUUUGAUCUCAUUGGGGAUUUGGGAUUCGGAGAAUCCUUUGAGUGUUUGGAGAGCGAGGAAUAUCAUCCUUGGGUCUCGAUGAUCUUUAAUUCUCUGCGCGCAGCGACGUAUCGAGCUUCGCUGGGUUAUUAUCCGGGAUUGAGUUGGAUGCUUGCGUAUUUUGUACCGAGGUGUGUGGUCAGGAAACAGAUGGAACAUUGGCACUUGGCUGUUGAGAAAAUAAACCGAAGACUGGAGAGAAAAACACCGAGACCGGAUAUCAUCUCCCUGAUUAAACGCGAUGAGGAGGGGAAAGAAGGGUUGUCGAUUCAGGAGUUGCAAGCGACAGCUAGCGUUAUCAUUGUUGCCGGAAGCGAAACGACAGUUAGUGUUCUGAGCGUUAUUACGAAUUAUCUCGUGAACAAUCCUCUGGAACUCGCUUUCCUCACCUCGGAAAUCCGAGAGAAAUUCGAGAAAGAGGAGGAAAUAUCAAUUGCUACGCUUAAAGAAACCUCCUAUCUAAAUGCGGUCAUUCAAGAAAGCUUCAGACUCUGCAAUCCCACUCCAGUCGGUCUCCCGCGCGUCGUACCUCCAGGCGGCGCCCGAGUAUGCGGAUACGAUCUCCCAGAAAAUAUAUUUGUCAACGUGCAUCCCCUAUCCAUCUCCUUAUCAUCCGAAUAUUUCCACAAACCGUCUGAAUUUCACCCCGAGAGAUGGCUCGCAGCAAACGAUUCUUCGUCUCCUUUUUAUAACGACAAUCGCAAUGCAGUACAAGUUUUUGGCGUGGGUCCUCGCUCUUGUAUUGGGAGACCUCUGGCGAUGGCGGAAUUACAACUUGUGCUUGCGAGAAUGGUGUGGAGGUUUGAGUUGGAGAAGGCAGAUAGUGAGGCUGGGAAUCUGAAAUGGGAGGAGCAGAGAGUUUUCACGGUUGUAGAACGGAAACCCUUUGAAGUGAGGUUAAGAACACGUUCGGCACUACCAUAG